AUGGUCAUCAGGCCUGUUGCUACAGUAGAUCGGGAUGAUCGGGAUGGGCUGACGGAGAUCACUGCUGCAGAGAGGAAGGAAAUGGAGGAAUCUGUCCAGUCUCUGGCUCUCCCUGCAUGGCGGAAGGCAACUGAUGAGUUAAUGGAGAAAAACAGACAACUGGAGGAAAACAAGGAGACAAUGGAGGAGAAAGACUUGGAAAUGGAGAAGAUGAACCUGCAGUUAGAGGAGAAGAACAGAGAGAUGGAGAAGAUGAACCUGCAGCUAGAGGAGAAGAACAGAGAGAUGGAGAAGAUGAACCUGCAGCUAGAGGAGAAGAACAGAGAGAUAACUGAGAGAAACAAAAAUCUAGAAGAGGGCAGGAAGGCUCUUCAGGAGAAAGACAAACAACUGAAAGAUAAAGAUGUGGAAAUAGAGGAGAGGAAAAGACUUGUACAUGAGAGAGACAAACAGAUAGAAGAGAGAGAAAACAAAAUCAAGGAGAGAGACAAGAGGAUAGAGGAGAGUGAGAACAACUCCCAGGAGAAAACCAAACAAUUAGAGAUGAAAGACAAACUACUGCAGGGAAAGGACUUGCAGAUUAAAGAUGGAGAAAAUAAUCUCAAGGAGAACAUGCAACUUCUGGAGGAGAACAAAAAGAGACUGAUGGAGAGAGAGAAGAUGCUGGAGGACAAGAAAAGAGAGAUGGAGAAGAUGUUAAAACAACUAGAGGAGAACAAGAAAGAGGAGGAGAAGAUGACACAACAGCUAGAAGAGAAGAACAAAGGCAUGGAGAAGAUGAACCGACAACUUGAUGAGAAGAAUAAACUCCUCCAUCAAAGAGACACAGAACUGGGGAACAUGACCAUACGAGAGAGGGAGAGAGAGAGUUUACUGGAGAACAUGACUACACGAGAGAGGGAGAGAGAGAGUUUACUGGAGAACAUGACCUGUGAGGUGGAGACCAGUAAAAGACAACUGGAGUCACUGGAGAAGGAACUGCAGGACAGGAACAGCCAACUACAGGACCUGAGAACCCAACUGCAGGAACAAGAGAGGGAGCUGGAGGAGAGAAACAAACAACUGGAGGAGAAAGAGGAAGAUCCAGAUCCUCCUCCCAUCAGGAGAAGAUGGAGUAUGGAGGAGCCUCCAACAAUGGGAGGAGAGAGUCCUGGUCCAGCCCCCCCAGUGUCUCCUGCUGUGUCUGAGCUGAGGCUGGUGCUGCUGGGGGGGAGCACAGCUGGGAAGAGGGCAGCAGGAAACACCAUCCUGGGCACACACACACUCACACACACAUCCACAGAGACCCAGCACAGUGAGAGCAGACAGGGGGAGGUGGCUGGGAGACGGGUGACCGUGGUGGACACUCCAGACUGGUUCUGCAGUGAACUCUCUGAGAAGGACAUGAGACAGGACGUGGGGCUUUGUGUCCGUCUGUCUGCCCCAGGACCUCACGCCUUCCUCCUGCUGAUUCCAGUGGAGCCGUCUGAAGGGGAGGAGAGGAGGAUGCUGGAGAAAAUGGAGGAUAUUUUUGGGGAGGGCUGUUGGGGACACACACUGAUCCUCUUCACCCAUGCUGAGGGGCUGAGAGAGAGGAGUGUGGAGGAGUUGCUCCAGACAGGGAGCCAGGAGCUCCAGCAGCUGGUAGAGAAAUGUGGGAACAUGUGUCACCUUCUCAACGUUAAGGACAGGCCUGAUGAUACUAAGAUCACACAGCUGCUAGAGAAGAUAGAAGAGAUGGUGUCAGGAAACAGAGAGCAAUUCUAUAGCAGUGAGACCUACCAGGAGGCAGAGAGACAGCUCAGAGAGAUAGAGAGAAGGAUGCAGAAAGAACGAGAGGUGGAGGAGAGGAAACUGAGGGAGGAGAGAGAGAGAAGAGAGGAACAUGAUAAAAAUGUGCAGGAGUCUCUGAAGAAGAUGGAGGUAGAGAUUCAGCAGCAUGAAACAGAAAUCAGGACAUUGAAUGAGAAAACGACAGAACUGGAGAGAACGAUGAAAGAAGAGAGGGAUGAGGAGAAGAAGAGAGAGAUAGAAAGUGAGUUAAAGAGAGAGAUUACACAGAGAGAGGAGAUGGAGAGAAAGCUGAACAGAGUGAGAGAAAAGAGAGAAAGAGAGAAGAGAGAGAUGGAGGAGAGGCACAGAGAGGAGAUGGAGGAGAUGAGAGAGAGCUAUGAGAGAGAGGCCAGGACUGAAGCAGAGAGAAACCUCAUGAAGAUCAUCCUGCCUCAACUACAGAGAAACAUCAGCAUCAGCAAGGAGAAGAUGGAGGCAGAGUUCAACAGACAGCUGCAGGAGAAGAACAGAGAGAUGGAGGGACUGUUGGAGACUGUCCAGAGACUCAGUCGACUGGUGGAGGAGGCUGAUCAGAGAAGUUCAGUUCAUAGCUGAGAUAUGGAGAGGAGAGAGAUCAGAGGGGUGACACUGGCAGAGAGGAGAGGGGGAGAGAGAGAGAGGAGAGGAGGAGGAGAGAGAGAUCAGAGGUGUCUUUAAAAAAUAGCCAUCCUUUCAGGAGAGACAGUUUCAUCAGCUUGGGCAGAAAGAAAAUCACAAUCACAUUUCACAAUAUCAUAACCUGAAGGAUCUAAGCAUUACUAAAGCUCACAUUUCUACUUUCCUUUAUUGUGUUUAUUUGUUUAUGUUCUGAAUAAAUAUGUUAUUGAUCUGUGGUGUAUGCUAAUUGUAAGAGAAAUCAGGGGAACAUAGGUUAUUCCAGCAUCUCUGUGAUUGUUCCUUGUGAGACAAAUGGUUUGUUCCAUUCAAAUUAACCCAUGUGUGUGUGUGUGUGUGUGCGUAGGCUGUAACCGGUCUGCCUUACCCAGA